UACUAUUGUCCCCUAUUAUUUUCACAAAACAUAAACGGGUCGAGAACACAAUAUUCGGGUCGGAUUCUACCUCUACCCCAAGGGGUCCCCAUUUGGAAAGAACCCUAGUUAAACCCUAAUAAACAAAAUCUCCUUUUUUCUCUCCUCUCUGAAAUAUAAAAGAGCAGAAGAUAACUUAUCGCUCUGUAAAGAUGGCUGCUAAUAACGUACCAACAGAAGUUGAAAGACAGAAGAUUUUUGGCUUAGCCGAAACGGAAAUGGAGUACAGGGUUGAAUUCUUUAACAAGCUCACCCAUACAUGUUUCGACAAGUGUGUCGAGAAAAGGUACAAGGAGCCUGAGCUAUAUAUGGGCGAAAAUACCUGCAUUGAUCGUUGUGUCUCAAAAUAUCAGCAGAUUACAAACAUCAUCGGUACGAUACUCGCUAAUGGAGGACGAUCCACGUGAAAUUCUUCCACACCUGAUCAUAUAAUAUUUUUGGAAGAGCAGUAUUUCGGCAUCAUAUUUCCUGAUAGUCAGAUCCCGGCAUCUUAUGAAAAUCAGCAUUGUGUUUUUCAUUUUUUAAAAAUUCUAUUACAUCGAGGGAUCUACAUCACACCCCUUGGGGUGCGGUCCAUCCCCUGAUCCUGCUAAUGCGGGAUGUUUUGUGAACCGGGUUGCCCUUUAUUACAUCGAGGGAUCAGGUUAAGGGGGAAGGAGUAUA